GGAAAGGAUGCAGGGAAUACUCUGGCAAUCCUAGCGGCUUUCCUCCAUAGCCGUAGACCAGCCUUGGAGCGUCUCCAUGUUUCCGUAGUGAAAGGAGACGCUGCACAGGUUAUCGUUAGUUCCCGAGCUCGGUUCCAUGGGGAAUACCGUGACCUGUUGCGUGUCCCCGGACUCCAGCCCGAAAGAGGGGCGGGACCGUGAAGUGACAGAGAGUGGGGAGCCGUACCAGGCGCAAGGUGAGCCGCAGGAUGGUGAUGUGCAGCACAUGAGCGUCUGGGAGUUGCCAAUUGAUCUCAGCAAUGAGCGUAACCCAUCUGACGAUGCACAAACAAGCACAAUUUUCCUUUGCAAAUCCCAGACUGAUGUGAGAGAAAAGAGGAAGAGUAAUCACAUAAAUCAUAUAUCUCCUGGGCAGCUUACCAAGAAGUACAGUUCCUGCUCCACAAUAUUUUUAGAUGACAGCACAGUCAGUCAGCCUAAUCUCAGAAGCACAAUUAAAUGUGUUACCCUAGCAAUAUACUACCAUAUUAAGAACAGAGAUUCUGAUAGGUCCUUGGACAUAUUUGAUGAAAAAUUGCAUCCGAUAACACGUGAAGAGGUGGCUCAUGAUUAUUGUAAGCAUGAUCCAGAUCAUAAGCACAUCUACCGAUUUGUGAGGACUCUCUUCAGUGCUGCACAGCUAACGGCUGAGUGUGCGAUUGUUACUUUAGUUUACCUGGAAAGGCUUCUAACCUACGCAGAAAUUGACAUUUGUCCCAGUAACUGGAAACAAAUUGUUUUGGGAGCCAUUCUUCUUUCUUCUAAAGUUUGGGAUGAUCAAGCUGUGUGGAAUGUUGAUUACUGUCAGAUCAUGAAGGAUAUUACGGUUGAAGACAUGAAUGAGAUGGAGAGGCAUUUCCUGGAGCUGCUGCAGUUUAACAUUAACGUUACCGCCAGUGUGUAUGCCAAAUAUUAUUUUGACCUUCGCUCUCUGGCAGAUGAUAACAACCUUCAUUUUCUGCUGGAACCCCUCAGCAAUGAAAGGGCACAGAAACUAGAGGCUAUCUCCAGACUUUGUGAGGAUAAAUACAAAGACCUAUCUAAGGCUGCCAUGAGAAGGUCAAUAAGUGCUGAUAACCUAGUGGGCAUUCGGCGCUCUAACGCCAUUAUCUCCUGAGGCACUAUGUACAGGAGCGAGACGCAGCUAAGAUCCAAAUGGUGUGCCGUGUGGAUAUUCAGAAACCGUUAAUUUCCCACACGUUCUUCUACUCACUAUUGCCCACCGGCUGUGAUAUGUCUUCCAGCAACGAGGGCUGUGGGAGGAAAUGGGCACCCGGUUAAUAGAAGCAUGAAUGCAGUAAGGCCUUCCUCAGGAUUAAGGAGCACACGCUAUGGGAAUAUUGAGGAGGGGCUGUUGUAAGCAGCACAGUCUACUUAUAAAACAUGUAACCACUGGUGCAUCAGCAGCGUGGGAAAACCAUUUCUUUCCACCACCUUCAUUUGUUUGCUUACUGUGUAGGCCUAUAGCUGUGAACGGAGACUUUUUAUCAUUAUGUAGUAUACAGUUUUCGAAUCUUUAAAACACUAAUCCUGUGAGUAUAGUAUAUAGCCUUGUUUUAUUAUUUGAUUUUUUUAUUCCGGCAAAAUGCUCCAAAGCGUUAACAUUGACCUUUUCUAGCAGCACGUGAUUGUAUUGGAGCAAAUGAAGUUGCGUUAUUAUGAAUAAUAAUACAGAAACAAGUCCUCUGUGUCCAAGCCAGCCGAUUUGUUUUUAUAGAAUUUAUGAAAUAUUCACUUGUAGUCACUACAGUUCAACUGUCUCCAGUCUUCAUGGAACAAGGUGUCUGCGACAGAAUGUGUUUUUAUUCUCUAUUUUAAAUAUGACCUGGAACUGCCUGUAUCUCUGUCAUUCUUGGUGCUCCCAAUGAAUAUAUGCAUUUUAAGGCUAAGGCACUGUAUGAUGAAAUAUGAUUUGUGUGCUCUGUGCACUAUAUAAGCAUGGGAAACUGAGAUGGAUUCUUGCAUUGCUUGCAAAGUUGCUGCUCUAAGGACAGAGACAGAUGAGUAGAUUCGGGGAGAUUAAGUCGCCCGGCAACAUCGUCUCUUCGGGCGACUAAUCUCCCCGCCAGCUAGAACCUAAAUCACCAGCAGGAUGGCACUGGGAUAGCUUCGUUUUCCGAAGUUGCCUCGCAAGGAGACUUCAGUCAACUCUGGAAAACGAAGCAAUCCAAGUGCCAUCCCACUGGCGAUUUAGAUUCUAGCCAACGGGGAGGCUGUUCGGGGAGAUUAGUCGCCAGAAGAAGAUGUGAUUUGUCGCCAGGCAACUAAUCUCCCCGAAUCUCCACAUGUGUCUCUGCCCUAAUAGUCUCUAGUUAUUAUCUCUUGGUUACUAGAGGUGUAGGUAUUAUACAAUACCUUUUUAUGUCUCCUAAUUAUCUGUAUGCGCGGAUGUCAUCAUUUCUAGCUAUCUGCCUAAAUUUACCUUUUAGCUAUCUUGCAACAGCUGGAAGAUUGAUUUUUUUUUUUUUAGGACCACUUCAAAUUACUGUAGAAGCAUAAACUGAAAUUCUUGAAACACCCUGAAACGUCGACAUGCCAUCAAAACACCGCAGUUUCCCUAUGAAUAAAAGUGUUUUGUUGCUAAGAA